GUAAAAUGUAGUCGACACAGCGCUUACAGCUGGGUUCGCUAGCACUUUUAGCCUCUUGUUUGUAGGGAAAAAUUGUAUAUAUUUAUCGAGUCUAUAACAAAGAUAGAAAUGUCAGAAGCCAUCCAGAAAAAACUUAAGAGUGAAGUACAGAAAUAUGCGCAGAUACAGAAAGAUGUUAGUAACAGCAUGACGUGUAGACAGAAGCUGGAGAAGCAGCUGACUGAGAACAACAUCGUCAAAGAGGAGCUGGAUCUGCUGGACAGCACAAACACGGUUUAUAAGCUUAUUGGUCCUGUUCUGGUGAAGCAAGACGUGGACGAAGCCAAAGCCACGGUGGCAAAAAGACUCGAGUAUAUUAAUGGAGAGAUUCAAAGGUACGAGGCGGCCCUGAAGGACCUGGAACAGCAGUCUGAGCAGCAGCGAGAAGUCUUGUCCAGUUUACAGCAGGACUAUCAGAAAGCUCAGGGUGCAAUGUUGGGCAAAAUCUGACCGUCUGAAGUUGCAUGUCUGAUCUCUCACUGUUCUCUCUCUCUCACUCUCACACACACACACACACACACACACACUGUCACAGUACAAGUGGUGUAUUUCCUCACACCAUGCUGGAAACAGAUACUGAAUUCAUCCGUCUUGUGUUUUGACCGCUAACGUGUAAUUGCUGCGUCUUUCUUUCACAAAUCAUAAUAAAAAUGUUUUCAUGAAAGGUCAUAUUCUCUUCUUUAGUUUCACAGUGCAUUAUGGGAGCAGUGUUUGCCUCCAACUUAAAGAUCUGCUAAUGUAUACACAUGAAGGACUGAUGUGACUUUCACAUCAAAAC